AUGACCGAUUCCGACGAACAUUCUCCAAAACGCACCAACAUGAAUCCACCCAACAACCCCAAUAUCCGUUCUUUUCAGCAAGAUAUGCUAGAUCCAUAUUAUAUGCAUCCAAGUGACAACCUUGGAUUAGCAAUUGUCACUCCUCCUCUCAAUAAUACCAAUUUCCAUUCAUGGUCUCGUUCUUUAAAAUUAGCCCUUAUGUCCAAGAACAAGUUAGGUUUUAUCGAUGGAACCUUAGCUCGUCCUGAUAUCACCGAUCCUAAUCGUGUUCUCUGGAACCGCUGCAACAACAUGGUCAUGGAAUGGAUCACCAACUCCAUUGAUAAAGAAAUUUCAGAAAGUGUUCUUUGGAUUGAUUCAGCUAACGAAAUCUGGCAAGAACUCCAUGAAAGAUACCAUCAAGGCGACAUAUUUCGGAUCUCCGACCAUCAAGAAGAGAUCUAUGCUCAAAAGCAAGGUGAACAAUCUAUUACUCAAUACUUCACAACCUUGAAAAAAUUGUGGCAAGAAUUUGAUAAUUUUCGCCCCCUUCCCAAUUGCCAAUAUGAUCCUGUUUGUCAUUGUGAAUUGUUACCAACCAUCAAAAAGUAUAGGGAAAAUGACUAUGUCAUACGUUUUCUAAAAGGCCUCAAUGAUCAGUAUGCCCCUGUUCGAUCCCAGAUUAUGCUCAUUAGUCCUCUCCCUAUUGUUAACAAUGUCUUUUCUAUGUUAAUCCAACAAGAAAGACAAACCUCCACCCCUGUUAAAGAUGACACAAUCAUUGCUCACAUACAAAACCCUUCCUCAAAAGGUCGCUCCCCUGAUUCUAAUACAAAACCUACCUACAAUCCAAAAUCUAAAGGACUCAAAAUCUGCUCAUAUUGCAACAAACCUGGCCACACCAUUGAAGUUUGUUUCAAAAAGCAUGGUUUCCCACCUUACCUCAAAAAGCCCAACAUAGCUCUUGCCACCACUGAUGAACCUGAUUCUAAAGGAGGCAACUCAAACCACUAUGAAGAUAGCUCUGCCAAUCUUGGGUUUACUGCAAAACAACAAAAGGCUCUUCUUGCUCUACUCCAGCAUAGCAAUGCAAACUCUGCACCCAACAUACAGCAUCUUUAG